AGAGCUCAAAAACAAUCAGCCCUGGUCGCAGGACUAAACUGCGUAAUAUCAUCCAUGAUGUUGAUGAACAUGGACAAUAGUUACAGCUCGGCAGCUGCUUAGUUGAAUCUGGUCCGAAUGCAUGUUUUAAAACCUGCACUGAUGUGAAGAGUUUGCAGUUUAGUGGUGAUUGUUUGCAGAAGUGAAGCCUCUGCUGCAGCUAAGCUACUGUAGCCACAUGAUGAUAAUAAUAGCCAGCUAGCCCGACGAUCCGCGGAUAAAAGUGCUCGAUGACAGACAUGGCAGACUCGUCUUUGUCUGGGGUCAAUGUUGUUCUGGUCAUGGCCUACGGGAGUCUGGUGUUCGUGCUUCUGUUCAUCUUUGUCAAAAGGCAAAUCAUGCGGUUUGCGAUGAGAUCCCGCCGGGGACCGCAUGUCCCUAUCGGACACAACGCGCCCAAGGGUUUGAGGGAGGACAUUGACUACAGGCUGUCCAAGGUGCAGGAGAUCUGCUUCGAGCCUCGUCUGCUGUCGGAGGGGGACGACAGGCUCAGUCGGGGGUCACUGUGUUGCUAUAACUAUUUGUAUAGAAUGAAAGCACUGGAUGCUAUCCGUGACUCUGGAAUUCCCCUGCAGGAGAUAAGCUGCAGUCCCAGUGCGUUUACGGGACGCAGCUUCAGGAACUGGCUGCUGGAGCUGCGAAAUUCCCACUCUCUGAUCAAGAGCAGUCGCAGUGCGCUCAUCGACUGCUUGCUUGAAGGGUACGACAGCGCUCGCCACGGAACUGGGGUAUUCGGGGAGGCUGAGUUUCUGGAAUACCAACAAGCUCUCAAUGAACUUGCUGAUGUUGUGAAGGCCUAUUCCAGCAGCCCCAGUCUGGACCAGUAUCACCAGUCUGCAGCCAAAGACCUGACGGCCUCUCCGGUCCGCAGCGCUCCCUCCACCAUCCAGGUCACCUAUCUGCCUUCCACGGGCCAGCGCAGCAAGAGGCCCAAACACUUCCUGGAGCUCAAGAGCUUCAAAGACAACUAUAACACACUGGAGAGCACGUUGUGAAACCACCACAAAGUGUUUGAGCAUGAGGACUACACAGUAUCAGGUGGAACGGAAAAGUUUCCACCCUAUUCUUUUUUUUAUUUUUACUUUUUUUUUUAAGAUGAGCUUUAAAAUUGUCAGUGCAGAUAGUUAUCGAAGACUAAUCAGUACAAUUCUUACUGUAGUUCAGCCCUUAAGUGCACAUGCCUCGCCAGUAGUCUUGGGUUUUAGUUUGGACCUGACAAAUCGUGCUCAGAAGACAAAUUUGAUUGUGGCCAACUUGGCAAAUAUUUCAUUUUCAUUUUUGUACAAACAGUUAUUGGUUUUAUUUAAUAUUUCUUUUCAAAAGCCCCAAAGUAAAUAUGAAUUUUAGCUUUUGAAGAUUUAAAAUAUUUAUAUGAAAAAUGAUAACUUAUUUAAUUGUAUGAUUUGUAUUUGUGUGAAAGUUGUACUCCUUUUAUGCUUUGACAUAAAAUCUUU